AUGCUCCACCAGAAAGGCGGCACCGACCACGACCUGUGCCAGCACCCCUCGGGCUGCGGCCACAAGGGCUGGACAUGGCCCAGCUCCGCCGGCCACUACCACGACACCCCCGAGAUCUGCCCCAACCCUCCCGAGAUCUGCCCCAACUCCGGCGGCCUCAGCCAUGACACCGAGGGCUCCAGCCAGAGCGCGCCCCGGGGCUGCCACCCCGGCGAACUGUGCCCGCCCCGUCCCGCCGGCUGCCCACACCCGCAGAGCUGCAAGCCCCGGCGGCGGGUGGAGGUGAGCCCGGUGCCCCCCGUGUGCCCCCCGCCCGUGAAGAUCCACCGCCGGCCGCUGGAGCAGCACCGCCCGUGCCCGCCGUGCGCGGAGCCCGACUCCUGCGGAAAGCCCCGCCGGCGAUUGGAGCAGUGUCCCGAGCAGGAUGAGGAGCCCCCGGUGGUCCUGCAGCCCCUGCCGCUGCAGCAUCGCUGCCCCUGCAUCCAGCGCUGCCCGCGGGCCGUGCCCUGCUGCCCCCGGUCCGUGCCCUGCUGCCCCCGGUCCGUCCAGCGCUGCUGCCCGCCCGCUGUCCCCCUGCCACCGCAGCCCGGCCACCACCAGCAGCACAAGCAGGUCACGCUGGUGCCGCUCUGCGUGAAGAACUGAGCCCAGGGACCCCUCCCCAGCUCCUGUCCGAUCGGGGGAUUCGCCCCUGGCCCGAGGGAUGCUCCCACCGCCGCUCUGGGCUCGCUGCUGCUCUUUGCACAUCAGAUUUGGGGUCUGCCGUCCCCUGCUUGGCCCCAGCACCGACACUUUAAAUUCGGGGUGUCCUCCCCUGCCGGGCUUUGGUUCUCCCUGAGGAGCAGAGGGUUGUUCCCCCUUCUGAGGCCACUUGGACACGGAGGAACCGCCAAGGAUCUGCUCUCCCGGGCUUCACCGAGCUGUGCUUUCAAGGUUGUUUGGAAGCAGCUCCAGGACUUUACAAGUUAAAAAAGGAGCCACUGUGAUGGCAGGAGCACCACGGACUCCUGCAACUUUCUCUCCUCCCCGUGUAUUCAAGAAUAAAAUUGAAACAUGUUUAGCAAA